AUGGUGCGCCCUCCUUUUACUUCAAUUGCACAGCAUACGAUCCACUUCCAAGAUGCUACGUUACAGGAGUGCGCAUUCACUAUCACCGAGAAGAAAAGCGAUAUAGCAACUGUGUUGCCUCAGCGGAAUUUCGCCACCUGUUCUCUUACCAUCAACCUCUCCCGUUUGACCUUGGAUGACGAGGACCGGUCAGAGCACACGAAGGAACGAUCGGACAUCGCCGUUAGCGUGACUGACGAGAGCUCAAACUCUUCUUCAUCAUCUAGUCAUAAUGGAAUUUCUAUCGGAAAGAUUUUGCAAACAUAUGUGCAUUCCGAAGACAAUCCCGUAGAGUCCAAUGAUGCUAAAGAAAAUGUGACUAUUCUUGCCGAAACGGGGACUCUCGAAGAGAAAUCUGUUGAAGAACCUGCCCCCAAAAGACGAAGGAAACUUACGAAUACGGAAGAGGAGCUUGCAGUAUUCAGCACUAAGGAUCCCAUAUCGCCUUGA